AGAAUCUGAGGGAGAAACACUUCCGUAAUGUUCUCCGUCUUUCCUCUGGAGUGACGAGUGUUAGCAGUCCGUGUGAAAACCGCCAGCGGCAGCCACAGAGAUGGCCCCCAAAAAAGCAGAGCCUCCCAAACAGCCUCCAUUAAUUGGACGCUUUGGAACCUCUCUGAAAGUUGGGAUUGUUGGAUUGCCUAAUGUGGGAAAAUCCACCUUUUUCAAUGUGCUGACCAAAAGCCAAGCUUCUGCAGAGAACUUCCCCUUCUGCACUAUUGAUCCAAAUGAGAGCAGAGUACCUGUGCCCGAUGAGCGAUUUGAUUUUCUCUGCCAGUAUCAUAAACCAGCUAGUAAGGUGCCAGCUUUUUUAAAUGUAGUGGACAUUGCCGGCCUGGUUAAAGGAGCUCACUCAGGGCAGGGACUUGGAAACGCCUUCCUCUCACACAUCAGUGCAUGCGAUGGGAUCUUCCACAUGACCCGUGCAUUUGAUGAUGAGGAUAUUGUCCAUGUAGAGGGAGUUGUUGAUCCAGUGAGAGACAUUGAAAUCAUUCACGAGGAGCUGCGACUGAAGGAUGAGGAAAUGAUCACUCCAAUCAUUGACAAACUGGAAAAAACAGCAGUCAGAGGAGGUGACAAAAAACUAAAACCUGAAUAUGAUAUCAUGUUAAAGGUGAAGAACUGGGUGGUGGAGGAGAAGAAGCACAUCAGAUUUUACCACGACUGGAAUGACAAAGAGAUCGACGUAUUGAAUAAGCACUUGUUGCUGACAUCCAAGCCUAUGAUCUACCUUAUUAAUCUCUCAGAGAAAGAUUACAUCAGAAAAAAGAAUAAGUGGUUGGCAAAAAUCAAAGAGUGGGUCGAUGCCCAUGACCCUGGUGCUCUGGUCAUUCCCCUGAGUGGAGCACUGGAAUCUAAACUGUUUGACAUGUCUGAGGAUGAGAGGAUGAAAUACUGUGAGGAGCAGAAGACACAGAGUGUGCUGACCAAAAUAAUAAAGACGGGCUAUGCAGCACUACAGCUGGAAUACUUCUUCACAGCAGGACCAGAUGAGGUGCGAGCAUGGACCGUUAGGAAAGGUACCAAGGCUCCACAAGCUGCAGGAAAAAUCCACACUGACUUUGAAAAAGGCUUCAUCAUGGCCGAGGUGAUGAAAUUCAGCGACUUCAAAGAGGAAGGCAGUGAAAGUGCGGUCAAGGCUGCAGGAAAAUAUAGACAACAGGGCAGGAACUACAUCGUGGAGGAUGGGGACAUUAUCUUUUUCAAAUUUAACACACCCAACGCCCCCAAAAAGAAAUAAUGGGUCCACACAGGCAUCAAAAGGAGA